AAACGGGAUUAUCUCAGGCUCCAUGCACAUCACACCCUGCGUCCCUCUUCUACAUACCCAAAGGCAGGCCAAAAUCACAGCAACUACCUGAAUACAAGGCCACUCCUUCUGGAACAUCGACGAGAUGCUCGUCAACUGCAGGAAAGGGCUCACCCUCAUCACUCACCCUUCACACUUAUUACAGGGGACACGGAGGAUGGUUGGCGCACGGUCAACAGGGGACGGCGCCACCCCCAUCUCCUCAAUCAACGCCUCCCAACGCACCGGAACUUAGUCACACCACUAAUCAGUAUCAUCUCAUAGGAUUUGACGAUUCUGAAACUCCUAUCUCAGCGCAACCCUUCGGAUUCGAUUUUGAAUCAGAAAUCUCGCCCAACCUCAACAGUGAACGUCGCACGAGAGAAACCAAUAACAACCAUGGGAGAAGAUUCAUAACCGAUGGUCGGAGAAUCUCUAGAGACCGUCAACAGUGCGACGAUGGGAAGACAGAUUUCGAUGUUGGGAAGAAAGCAUCAGGUUCUGGUUCCGGCAAUCGAAGACCGGCGAACUCCAAGCCGGUAGCCCCCCCCCCCCCCCAACCCACUUUUUGAAAUCUGGACCCACUGCCGACAAACUCUCUCCCAUACCGGGGGCUCCACUCGACGAGAGACAUGUAGAGGAGACGCACACCUCUGGUAACGCACAGGUAUUCACAUGCGCAGACAUAGUUCGUUUCGAUGCAGACAAAAAACACCUCAGUGGCAUUUCAAUCUCAGGCCAAAAGAGAGAAACAAAUUAUUGUCAAAGCUUUGGAUAUUACUAAUACCGAUCCGAUUGAAAUAAUCGAGGAUGCGCAAGAUGCCUCUGAAAAUUUCUCUUUCUUUGGGGAGGAAGGAUUUGACUCGGUCAAAAUCGAAUCUAAAAUAUUCAGAUUCGCGGUGAAAAAUAGCGAUUUGGUGCUUUUCGAAAUUAACAAAUCCCAGUUGCUCAAAUUGGAAGUAGAUCUUGACCUCGCUCCCCGAAUUAUCUGGCCCAUAUCUCAGUUCAUAAAUUUGGAUCAGCCAAGUUUUAAACAACAUAAGCGAUUUGGAGAUAUCACAGUUUCUUUAGAAACAAACAAAUCAGGGAUACCAAAAUCUGUGCAGGAUGACUCCAUCUUCCAAAUGAGGAGCAGAAUUGAAUCAGAGGAUCCUACAUCCAUCUCCAAACUAAUCUUAAAUUUUCAGAUUCAGGGUGAUCUUCGAAUAGAAUCAGAAUGCAGCGAAAAUCAAAUUGUCUUAUCUUCAGAGAAACAACCUAAGUUGCCACAGAUCGAGGCUUACUCAGAUGCCUCUGAUAGUUAUGAUUAUUCUGAUGACUCUUUCUACAGAGAUGACUUUCUAGGACAUGCAACCGAAAGCGAUCGUCGUCCUCCUAUUUCGUACCCCGAAGAAAUCAGGAAAUCCAAAUUCAACAGCGCAAUCUGUUGCAAAGCAAAUUUUGUAACCUCUGAAAAUUGUCUGCCAACAGACAAUCUAAACACGCAACUGAAGAUCUACAGGAAAUCUAAAAAAAACAAAAGGCGAC